AUGACUGCGUCCGAGGUUGAUGGACACCACGGCUCGAUUGGGCCGAAAGUGUCGCGAAAAUCCCAUCGCAAAUCACGGAAUGGAUGCCAAAACUGCAAACGACGCCGCAUCAAGUGUAAUGAAGAGAAACCCCAAUGCAACAAUUGUCUCAAACAUUCCGACAAAUGCAGCUUUCUGAUCACUUCCCAAGUCAGCGCCACUGGUCCUCGGAUACAGUAUCAUGGACUAGACUCUCAAAGCGCAAGUCCAAACAUUAGCAAUAGCAGCCCUAGCUUAAAUGAAGGAAGUGUCUUUGGCCAGAGCCAUAUGCUAAAUCUUAUGGAUCUUGAAUUACUCCACAACUACAACACCUCAACUGCUUAUACUCUCUCUAAUAUUGCUGCAUUGCAGUCAUUCUUUAGAGUCAACAUUCCUAAGUUUGCAUUCGCACAUCCGUUCGUACUGCACGCCAUCCUCGCAAUGUCAGCCCUCCACCUCUCACGUUUCAAAAGAGGAGAAUCUCAGCUACGGUAUCAAAGAGAAGCCGAGCAUCAUUACGAAAUCGCCUUGAGAACAGCAACUUCUCUCUUACCUAAUAUCAACGAAGACACCACUCCAGCUCUCUACCUCUUCGGGACAUUCUGCAGUCUCAUCACCUUAGCCUCAGGUCCCAAACCAGGAGACUUCCUUCUCUUCGGAGAUCAAGGUAUAGCAGAAUGGCUGAUCAUAUUCCGAGGCAUGAAAUCCAUCUUAGAGUCAAAUUUCGACUUACUCCGCCACGGCGAACUAGCACCAAUGUUCCAUAUCUCCAUCCACCAGAUUUUCCUGCAGCCGGUCAACGAUGAACAUCUCCAAAGUUUGAGAGAACUGAUAACAUCCACCGCAACGGAUGAUCCCGAUCUUCCUCUGUACUUGAGGACUGUUGAUGAUCUUGGUCGCUCUUUUCCUGCCAGCACCAGUCCUGGGACAAGAGUGACGCAGCCUUCGCCACAGGUUGUCUUUGUGUGGCUGUAUCGACUACCAGAUGAGUUUGUGGAAUUGUUGUAUCAGAGAAGACCGAUACCUUUGGUUAUUUUAUCGCAUUUUUGUGUUUUAUUGAAUGAUCUAGCUUCGUCGUGGUGGGCGAAAGGUUGGGCUGAGCACUUGAUAUCGGAGAUUUAUUCUUCGUUGGGUGAGGAGUAUAGGAUGUGGAUGAGAUGGCCCAUGGAGGAGAUUGGAUGGCUUCCGAGCUGA